AUGGAUCCCUUUUUAGAUAGGUUGCCAGACGAUUUACGCUCUAAGAUAGUAGGUGUAGCAAACGCUCUACCGGAAUCACUUCAAAUAUUUGAGGAGUUAUAUGAAUAUCUGGUCGAUAAUGAGGACGGCAGAAAGAUGAGAAAACUAGGAAAUACUUCUGCUAUUGAUACGAAAGAAGAAUUUUGGGUCCCAGAACAAGCGCAAACAAUAUUCAAGUUGGAAGAUGUAUCGGUGCUCUUUCCAGUUCGGAAGAAGAUGGACGUCGUUUUGCAUUUAUCUUCAGAUGCCAAUAGGCCAGUAUUGUCACUCAUUAGAGAGGGUAGAACGGAAAUGAGUAUCACCAAUCUGGGUAAGAAUAUCACCAUGGCAACUUUCUUGGCUGUCGCCGAGAAGGAGAAUAAAUUAUAUCUUUUCGUAAGGUACACCGAAUCAGUAGGCAAUAAAUAUUCAGAUCCUCUUUUGAUUAUGCUAGGAAAAGACGUAUUGCUUGCUCAAUUCAAAAAGGCUGGAAUAUUGACCAAUGAUGUUGAUGAUUUUACCAUCUGUAUUGAAUAUAUGCGAAAACAAGCAAUCCUAGCAGGCUUUAGGAUUUCUGAUCCCUUCUUCUCAACACCUCAAUCGAUCAAAGAGAAUCCUUCAUUUCAUGUUGAAUGCCACAGAGGUACUAAAGAAGGCACUCUCUAUUUUCUGCCAGAUCACAUAAUAUUUGGAUUUAAGAAACCAAUUCUUCUUUUCGAUUCAUCUGAAAUUGAAUCAAUAACUUAUUCCUCAAUAACAAGGCUGACAUUCAAUGUUACAAUGGUUACAAAAGCUGAGCAAAAGUUCGAGUUUUCAAUGAUUGAUCAAAAUGAAUACACGAAGAUAGAUGAAUAUGUUAAGAGGAAACAAGUCAUGGAUAAAUCAAUGUCAGAGGAACUGAAGGCAAAGUCCAAGAAUAAGUCGCAACAGCAAUCGAACGAAAGUAUAUCAUCAGCCCUUGAAGAAGCCGCGCAACAAAUUGAAAGUGAAUCCAUUGGAAUAGCGGUAGUUUCCGAUGAUAAUGAAGACGAUGAUCAAAAUUUUGAAGCCGAAAGUGACUUAUCAGAUGGUAGUGGAAGUGAGAACGAAUCAGGUGAAAAUCCAGAAGAUGAGGAUGAGGAGGAUGAGGAGGAUGUGGAGGAAGCAGAAGAAGCGGAUGAUGCAGAGGAAGCGGAGGAAGAAGCUGAGGAACAUUCUUUGGCAAAUGUUAAUAAAAAGACCAGAAGUAUAGGAAACUUGGAAAAAGAAAACGAAGGCCGCAGUCCGGAUAAUGAUACCAUACAACUACGCCCAUCUGUUGAGCGAUCCGAUUUCUCCGCAUCCCUUGGCCUAGAGGACAUCCCGAUAGAGCUUGACGGCGACGACGACGACGACGACGACGAAGAGGGGUCUGGGGUUGAGUAUUAA